AAUAUUUCUCUUGAACUUCAUACGAAAAAUCGGGUGAAAGAAAAACGACGCCAAAUUUACAGUCCGCUUGCUUCAAUCAUUCCCACUAGUCUACCACCAUCGUCAUCACCUUCAUUUUCGUUCAAAAUCAAAAAGCAAAAUCUCCAAACUACUGAGUCGGUGCUUGCUUUCUCUUCAACCAAUUCCGAGUUCUACAGAUUGCAUCUUCAAAAUGUUGCAAUGGAUGGGAGGAUCGAGGCGGAAAGUAGCAACUUCGAGGAAGUCUACACAGCAGAGGCAAAAGCAAUACUUUGAACAAAGAAGACGACAACAACAGCAUCAGGGGCAAACAACUGGGUUAGAGAGCUAUGCAGAUGGAAUGAACAUAUCUGGGCAACAUCACAAAGAACAUCGGUCGUUGGAUAUUCUCAGUUUUCUGAACUUGUCAACGACUGCUCAAGAACAUAAAUCUGCUUGCCCCAAUCGAAGGGAAGAUGUAGAAGUCAAUGCUUCAAGAAUGAAGUAUGAUAUCACAAAGGAUCCACCAACAAUACCUCCAAAGAUGGUUGCUCCUCUCAACUCUGUUGAAUUUAACCAAGCAAGAGCUGAAUCAGGCUUCCGAGAGGAGAUUGCAUCACCAAAAAAGGUUAUGCCUAAUCAUAACAAGUCUUUCAAAGAAAUUAAUUCUCAACCAGAUAACUGCAGGACAGAGUUUUCUGUAGUUGAUUUUUUUGGCGAUGAUGGGUUGAAUGACUACAUAGAAGGCAGCCCAGUACAUGAAGCUCAUGUUGCAUUUUCAGUUGAAGGUUUGGGUAAAGUGGGAAUGGAAACACCAGUCCAUUCACCAAAACAGCCGGCAAGAACAUUCACCUAUGAUUUCUCCUCGCCGUUGAAUGCUGCAAGGCAACCAAAAUCAUUCAAGAACCAUAAGAAUCUGGAUGACUUUGAAACUGAAAUGGAUGCAAUGAUGCAAGAUAUCAAUAUGCCCCUAUGUAGCAGUGGUUUAGAGUUUUCUACCAAUUCAAUGGAUUCAUUUGGUUAUUCAAAGCAGAAAUUAUCAAGACAUGAUGGUCACAGUGGUAAACUAGAUAGUUAUUAUGGAUCCAGGAGAAUCUUUGACCAUGCUGAAAAUUGCAGCAAAGAUAAAUGGGAUGGUAGGCGUUGCUUCCAAGAUAAAACCUCUUUUAAUGAAUGGGAACAUGAUUUAUCAUGGAAGAGGCCAAGUGAAAUGAACUGUGAUUCUGUUGAUAAUUUGAUGCACGGAACGUAUAAGAUGCCAGAUUUUACUUUUGAAGGUCCCUUUUCACCGUUGAGGUCUGCAACAGAUAUAACAGACAAGUUUGACAUCUUAGAGGCACCUUCAUAUUCCAAGCACCAAAGAUCAGAAUAUGAUCAUGAUUUUAUGAUUUCCAAUGGGGCAAGACACCAUACAGUAGGAAGGAGUUUUGAUUUUGGAGGUGUAACCAACCAACCAGAUUGGUCUUGCUUUGUGACUGAUGAAAGGGAUAAUUUGAGCUUGCUGAGCGAAGAAUCAUGCUCAUCAAGUGCAGUGAGAGUCAAUGCAAUUGAUAAUUCACUGUCAAAGUCAACUAGGAAUCGGAGCAAGAGAAGACAUGACAAUGCAUAUGCUGGACCAGAAUAUCAUGCAAAUGUAACUUCUACAGGAAAGACACAUGACAAAAGCAGACAUGUUGUUCACCCAGAGAAUAUUGCACACGGGUCAGGAAAAUGUACAAAGAUGUCAAAUUCAUCGAAGUUAAAACCAUCCCACUACUCAAACUCUCCUUUUGAUGAAAAGUUAACCCCAAACAGCAAUUGGUUUGCUGAGGAGCGAUAUAUGUCGGUUAAUAUAAAUUCAGUUUGCAGUUCUUUCCAUCAAAAUUCAGAUACAAACUGUCCAUCUGCAGGCUCGAAGCUCUUGUUUGGAGAUCCUUUUAGUGCAAGUCCUGUCCCAGAAUUACAUCUUGAUCCUAGAUCUCCUUCUAAACACUCUGAACCUGUUGCAAGUUCACCUUCUGGCAGUUUUAUUACUGAGAAAUUUGAAUUUCAUGAUUCUCCUACAACUUGUAAGAUAGGGGUUGGAUCAACAAAAACAGAGUUGUUUCCCUAUUCUCCUGGAAACACACCAUCUCCUGAUUUAUCAGCGCAGGAAAGUGUCAGCAAAGUUGAGGGAAGAAAAGCAGAAUCCCAGCCCAGCGAAGAAUUUAAGCUUGAGGAAGAAAAUUGUAUUAUGAACAACGGUUUGUUCACAGAAAACAAUGAUGAAAUGGGUGCUUUAACAUCGAAGAGCAAGAACAGUGAAUUUAAGGAAGCAAAAGAUGCAGCUCCAGAACUAAAGGCAAGUGUGAAGUCAACCUAUUUUCCUGACCAUGCAGAGAAGGCAUCAUCGUCUCUGAAGACUCCAGGCAAAUUUGAAAGCAAAAUAGAUGGCAACGAGUAUGUUGCACAAACAUUUAAAGAUCACCAUGGUUAUGAAAUUCCUCUUCCAUGUCAACAUCGGAACAAAGAAAUGGAAGAUGCUGAGCCUCAGGAAAGAAAGAAAGAAACUAAACAACAAGGUGAUUUUGUUGACUCAUCUUGUCGGGUGAUGAUGCUUCAGAGCUAUGUUCAGUUUCUUUGUGUGCAAAAGGUGCUGAAGGAGGCAGCUGCCCAGACUGGCAUAAAGAAGAAAUAACACGUUCGUCACGACUCACGUCUAAAUAGAUGUGGGAUUUCAUCGUUAACAUCGUUUGCAGUUGUGUCAUGGAUUUUGCACCCUGCCCUUCCAUAUAU